AAUUAUAUUACUACUAUGGAAGACUAUAUGACAAAUGAUCAGAUCCACAUUUAAUUAUUGUCUUUGAAAAAGAUAACUGUCUAUUUGUGCUGUAUAUAAACUAACAUGAAUCAGUUUAUUUUUAUUUACUAACUUUCAUCUUUUUGGGAACGAACCGAACGCAAAUAAUAGCUAAAGAUGGCCAACCUAUCAAAACAAAAUCGAAAUGUCAAUCGCUUUCAAUCAGCUGUCGAUUUUUUAUUGAAGAAAUAGAAGACACCUAAAUUAUUUGUAUAUAAACCAAAAUGUGCAUUGUUAAAUGAAAGGGUUUUCCUAGUUUUGAGUGGUGUAAGAUAAUUCGGCACGGUGGUGUUAGUGUUCGGCGGGGGCGUGUGCGGCGGGCCAUGGCGGUGGUUGCGGUGUGAAGGUGGCGGGCGCGGCUCUCGGGCGCAGGCAUGCGGCGGCAUGGCGGUCGAGGCUGCGGGCACGUCGCGCGGCCUCCGCGUCUACAAGAUCGUGGUGCUGGGCGACGGCGGCGUCGGCAAGUCCGCCGUAACGCUGCAGUUCGUCAGUCACAGCUUCUUGGACUACCAUGACCCUACUAUAGAGGACUCGUACCAACAGCAAGCAGUGAUAGAUGGAGAGCCAGCUUUGUUGGACAUACUGGACACUGCAGGACAGGUGGAGUUCACGGCAAUGAGGGAACAAUACAUGCGGUGCGGCGAGGGGUUUGUGCUGUGUUACUCGGUGACAGACCGGCGGUCGUUCCGCGCGGCCGCCGAAUACAGGCGACUACUGGCGCAAGCGAGGCCCUCCGAGAGACUGCCGCUUGUGCUUGUCGGGAAUAAACUGGAUCUCGCGCCCAGGUUUAGACAGGUGACGACAGAAGAGGGCAGGGCACUCGCGACGCAGCUCGGCUGUCCAUUCUUUGAGACGUCUGCAGCACUCAGACAUUUUGUGGACGAUGCCUUCCACGCGCUCGUUAGGGAAAUACGACGGCUGGAGAGACAAAGACAGGCAUCAAUAUUGGGAACAGGUAUUUCGACAAGCGGUGGACGCAGACGGUGGCGACGUCUUCGAAGCAUCUUCGCACUGGUCUUCCGACGAAGAAGAAGGCACCACACAUCGCCUUAAACACACCACAUGGAGGUUCAACAGUCCGUAAGAUCUUUGUACUAUCAACUAUGGAAAGGAUAAGAUAUUGUUAUGUGAAUAUGUAAAAUAUUCCAUAAAACUGACAUUGCGAUAAGCAAGAAAAUCUUAACUUUAAGAUACAUAACUUUUGUUAUGUCUACCACGGUAUAAUAACCAUUAAACGACGAAAAUGUAUUGAUAUGAUAAAAUAUAAUAGAAACUAACGUACUUAUUAAGGUUUAGGUACGUAUAUUCAAGUUUAUUUUUUUAAUUGGCAACUAUGUCUUUGAAAGUUUCUAUUCUCUAUGAUUAACUAAAGUUUUACACAUACUACUUAAACUAUAUGACUUUUUAUAUGUAAUUAAAAAAUAACCAAAAAGUUUCAAUGCAUGGAAUAUCUAUUAAGAUUUUCGUGCAUUUAUUAAACCAAUUGAAUUUUAUAUGCCCCUUCUUCUACCUCAAUGUGAUGCUACUAUUUAUUGUUACGUAAAAGAGGGAUAAGUAACAUUUAGCAUUUUAUUUGUUAACUUCUAUAAUAUUUGAAUGCUGUUUGCGCGAUUUUGGUGUAGCAAUAAAUUGUGAUCUGUUAUUAUCGAAUAUUUAAAUGUUACAGGCACUAAUAUAAAAGUAAACAGCAUUAAAUAUGCCAAAAUCUUUGCUCUAUAUGCCUUUCUUCAAUUUGUUCGAGAGCAAUAAAGUUAAUGUAUGCUUAGUCUGUGUUAGUCAACUUAGUAAAUGAGGCCUAAGAUAAAGUGAGAUACUAAAACGUCUAUCUGUUUUAAUGUAAAUGUCUUACGAAUUAUAUGAGUCAAAGUGAAAGGAAUUUGAAUAACUGUGAAGGUAAAAUUAUUAUGUACAGAAUAUCUAAACUUGGCGGUCCACUACCGUGCUCUCGAUGGAGACGAUUUUGCAAAUCCAAAAAAAAAUAAGUCUAUUUUAAACAUUGUCUUGAUUUUUCCACCAAGUGUUACUUAAUAUGAAAGCCAUAGAAAUUAGUUGCCAUAUAGGAAUGCUAUACUUUAUGCAUUUAAAAACCUUGCCAUACAAAGCUACUUCAACAGGAUACCUUGGUCCACUACCUCUUAAACAAUUCCUAAUUAGAUAAUUGGAUAUAUCUAGUAAUUUAUUUAGGACCCCUCUUUAUAGUAGGUAAUUUUAGAAGGAAUCUAGGCCUAAAUGACAAGUUUCUAUUGAUGUUAUUUGUGACAGAUGAUAUUGCCUUUAAGUGACAGUUGUUGGCAGUUGCUAAUGUCACAAGUCUUGUUGAGUUUCCACUGUAUUGUACUCUAUAAAUGUUCGUUGUACACGUUUGAUAUACUGUGAAACCCCUAAUGUACAGAUGUACUUAAUAUUUUUAAAACCGGUGCCAUUUUUUGAAAUAAUUCAACCCCAUAAAAGAUUUGUACAAUCUUGGCUUGAGUACCUAAUAGAUUAGACCAUACGUCUUCCGAGAAACGGAAUACGUGAAAGCAAUAAAUAAAUAUAGAAGUUAUUUUAUUGUUCGGUUAGGCCAUUUGUUAGAUGAUGUUCAUUUUGGGAGACAAGUUUGAAUGUUUAGCUUGUAUUGUAGCUGUAGGUAGGUGUAGCCGGGUGACCAACUGGAACAUAUGGACAUACCAUAAAUUCUAAGUACAUUGAUGGUUUAUACUACAUUGAACAGUUGCGAUGUUAAUUCAGGGACAAAAAUACUUUUAUUUACGAAGUAUAAUAUGAUCACUUGCCUGUGUAAUGUGUAAUCUCAGAUAUUAUGUGAAGGUGGGUCCACACUCAACAUGUAGUGUUAAGCACCCACCAUUAGGGAUGAGGUUCGAAUAUUAUUAAAUAAGCCUCUGUAUAGGUUAUUGUAUAUUUCUAAUCUAGGCGAUUUCAUUGACUAGUCUAGAGUAAGAUUUAGAUUAGUAUGGGAGUUCUUUUAGGUUAGUGUAAGGCAGGCAAUGUUCACAUGUAUUCCAGUUGGUGCACAGACCUGGCGAUAAGUUAUAGGGGACCUUAAUAAAAUUCCAAACGUAUUAUUCAAAUGCCAUAUUCGUGUAUCCCAACCAAAGCAGUUUUUAAAAAGUAAAAGUUUUGGUAUUCUCAUUGAACCUUGGAGUACAAUUAAGUAAUGUAAGUGAGAUGUCGAGCUCUUCAUUUAUCUGUGUAACAGAUGCAGCAAUAAGUAUAUGAAGUAAAUAUAUAAAUAUAUUUAUGUAUAACUAGAGUAAUCGGUGUAUGUAUAUGAGUAAUGAGUUCGGCCGGCGGCGGGGAGUGUGUGAACUUGUAUAAUACUAGGUCGAUACGCACAAAUACUAGUGUAGUCGUAACGUACGUCUUGUGUCCGUGUGUGUGUUAGCUCCGCCCUCCGGAACAUUAGACGUGCACGUAGGAUAAUAUUAAUGUUAAUGAGAGAUUCCUAAAUACGAGCAAUAUUAAACGCCUAAUGUGGUAACUAAUUGUGAUGUGGAUGUUAGCUGUGUCUACAUUUAAUUCAUAUUAAUGGUAGUACUUGUCUAACCGGAUUGUACCGGAUUUUACCCCCAUAUUAAAUAUGUUUCAACGUAGAUUUUGAUGUAUUUCUCGUGUUUUUUAUUAAUAUAGUUUGUACUGUCGAAUGUUUCGGGCGGGGAGGUUGUACCCAUAGUGCAAUAACAAGGUGUCAAACUAGGGUAAUCGUUCUCUGGAGACUUGGGAACGAGUGUGGAUUACACGUAAAUACAUACAUUCUCAAAUAAUGUAGUAAAGUAAGUUCAAGUAAGAUAAAAGCUGUUUACAUAUUUACUUCAAAUAUCACUUAAAAUAAUACUGAAUAAGGUCCAAUUUCGAAAAGCCCUACUCUACCUUACCUUCUUUACAAUAUUUCUUAAAAAUUAAUUUCCCAUGCGCUAAUCACCACUCGUUUCGAAGUCCCAAAGCGCUCGAGCUUUGCCGUAAGGCAUACAAAGCCUAUUGUCCUAACAAGGGAUUAUAAUAUAACCUAAUUUAGUCCUUAAUGCUGUUUGAUUAAAGUACAAUUUAAUUUGUAUAGUGAAUGUUAAAUGUCAUCGUUCGUUGGUUGCAUUGAGUUCGUAUUCUUAGGGCGUCUUAAUGUUCAUCUAAAUCUCGAUUCUGGCUAAGUUUACAUAGAUGUGUUCAUGAUCAUAAAAUACUGCAUCAUUUAUGAUAAACUUUCAAAGAAAAUAAACAUCUGGAAAGUAAUGGUAACCGUUUAAGGCAGACGGAUGUUAGUUGGGUUUAAACUUAAAAGCAAUUACAACUAUGCCGUAUAAUGUAAUAUAUAUAUGACGUAGAGAGUGUCAACUCUCUCAACAUGACAUGAUAAAAAUGAAUCAAAUGACCUUCGUUUUGUUGCGCGAUAAUGCACCUUAUAAUAUGCAGUAUACGUAUCAGCUUAGUAAUUCCAAUUAGUAAUAGAAUGACAGUCUAACUAGACUUAGCUACAAUGGAGACUUAUGGCCAGUCUUAAUAGCAAAUCUCUCGAUAAAGCCUACUGGAGAUGCAAUUUUGUGUGGAGCCCUUGCGCGGUUUCAACCGCUGCUUGACAGCUAUUGGUCGAAACAUAACCUGUUAUGGCCUAUAACGUUUCUCUAUACAUGGAGUAUCCAAAAAAAAUUUUUUUCAAUUCAAACCAGAACUUUCCGAGAUUAGCGUCUUCAAACAAAAAAACAAGCAAGCAUACAAACAAACAAAAUCUAUAGCAGUAAAUCUAUGAACAACAAAAUCUAUAGACAGGUUUGUUGAGACUGGUCGUAGAUGAACACUGCUGAUCCCCUUAGUAACGUAUGAAUAGGUUCUAACUCUAGUCAUUAUUGUUUUGUAUAGCUGUUAAUAGAUGUUCAUCUUAACUUUAUAAUCGACGGUUCACUGGUAAAUUGAGCUUUAUUACUAGCUACAUACAAGUUUAUUUACAUUAAUGCUUGUUUAAUAUAUAAUUGGUGAAAAGUACGUGUUAUGUGGACUAUUGCCUACCUCUUCAUGGAUUGAGAGGCGUGUUAUGUUAUGUUUAUUUAAUUAGUCAUAUAAUUUCUUCUUCAUGAAUCUCUAUUUAAUGUCAUUGAUAUUUAUUGAUAACUACCGUGAGAUAUACUAAAUUAACUAAAAUUCGCGGGGGGCUCACGUGAAUAUACUGAGAAAAGCUCUACUAGU